CCGCGCAGACUGAAUAAUAAAAGGGGAGCGGCGAAGAGGCAGGAAGACAGGACCAUGUCGAAGGGCCCCGGGCCCGGCGGCUCCGCAGCUUCCUCGGCGCCCCCGGCCGCUACCGCUCAGGUGCUGCAGGCACAGCCCGAGAAACCGCAGCACUACACGUACCUGAAGGAGUUCCGCACAGAGCAGUGCCCACUCUUCGUGCAGCACAAAUGCACACAGCAUCGGCCCUAUACCUGCUUCCACUGGCACUUUGUGAACCAGCGUCGCCGCCGCUCCAUCCGCCGGCGGGAUGGCACCUUCAACUACAGUCCAGAUGUCUACUGCACGAAGUACGAUGAGGCUACAGGCCUCUGCCCUGAGGGCGACGAGUGUCCAUUCCUGCACAGAACCACUGGGGACACUGAGCGCAGGUAUCACCUUCGUUACUAUAAAACUGGAAUCUGCAUCCAUGAGACAGACUCAAAAGGCAACUGCACCAAAAAUGGCCUGCACUGCGCUUUUGCGCAUGGUCCCCAUGACCUCCGCUCCCCUGUUUACGACAUCAGGGAGCUCCAGGCCACGGAGGCCCUGCAGAAUGGCCAGGCUACAGUAGAGGGCAGCAUAGAGGGCCAGUCAGCUGGGGCUGCAAGCCAUGCCAUGAUAGAAAAAAUCCUCAGUGAGGAACCCCGGUGGCAAGAGACUGCUUAUGUGCUGGGGAACUAUAAGACGGAGCCGUGCAAGAAGCCUCCACGGCUGUGCCGCCAGGGCUAUGCCUGUCCCUACUACCACAACAGCAAGGACCGGCGUCGGAGUCCCCGGAAGCACAAAUACAGGUCGUCUCCGUGUCCAAACGUCAAGCAUGGGGAUGAGUGGGGAGACCCUGGCAAGUGUGAAAAUGGAGAUGCCUGCCAGUAUUGUCACACGCGCACAGAGCAGCAGUUCCACCCAGAGAUCUACAAGUCCACCAAGUGCAAUGACAUGCAGCAAUCAGGCAGCUGUCCUCGAGGACCUUUCUGCGCCUUUGCCCACAUAGAACCGCCACCCUUAGGCGAUGAUGUGCAGCCUCCCUCAGCUGUGUCCAGCCCUACCCAGCCGGGUCCAGUCUUGUACAUGCCAUCUGCUGCUGGAGACUCGGUCCCUGUGAGCCCCUCCAGCCCGCAUGCCCCUGACCUCAGCGCCCUCCUCUGUAGGAAUAGUGGCCUGGGCAGUCCGUCUCACCUCUGCAGCUCCCCACCAGGACCCAGCAGGAAGGCCUCAAACCUGGAGGGCCUGGUCUUCCCUGGGGAGUCCAGCCUUGCCCCUGGCAGCUACAAGAAAGCUCCUGGUUUCGAAAGGGAAGACCAGGGCGGGGCGGAGUACCUGAAGAAUUUCAAGUGCCAGGCUAAAUUAAAACCCCAUUCGCUAGAGCCCAGGAGUCAAGAGCAGCCUCUGCUUCAACCCAAGCAGGACGUGCUGGGCAUCCUCCCUGUGGGCAGCCCCCUGACUUCCAGCAUCUCUUCCAGUAUUACCUCCAGCUUGGCAGCCACUCCCCCCAGCCCUGCAGGCACCAGCAGCACCCCUGGCAUGAAUGCAAAUGCUCUGCCCUUCUACCCAACCAGCGACACGGUAGAGUCGGUCAUAGAGUCUGCUUUGGAUGACCUGGACCUGAAUGAGUUUGGAGUGGCUGCCCUGGAGAAGACUUUUGAUAACAGCGCAGUGCCCCACCCCAGCAGCAUCACAAUCGGCGGCAGUUUGUUGCAGAGCUCCGCGCCUGUGAACAUCCCUGGCUCCUUAGGCAGCUCAGCUUCCUUCCACUCUGCUUCUCCGUCCCCUCCCGUCAGCCUCUCCUCACACUUCCUGCAGCAGCCCCAGGGCCACUUGAGUCAGUCAGAAAACACAUUUUUGGGGACCUCAGCAUCACAUGGAUCUUUGGGUCUGAACGGGAUGAACAGCAGCAUCUGGGAGCAUUUUGCCUCUGGAAGCUUCUCCCCAGGCACUUCCCCUGCCUUCCUAUCAGGGCCAGGGGCUGCUGAGCUGGCCCGGCUUCGGCAAGAGCUAGAUGAAGCUAACGGCACCAUCAAGCAGUGGGAGGAGUCCUGGAAGCAGGCCAAGCAGGCUUGUGAUGCCUGGAAGAAGGAAGCCGAGGAGGCUGGUGAGCGGGCCAGCGCAGCCGGAGCAGAGUGUGAGCUGGCCCGGGAGCAGCGAGAUGCCCUGGAGCUUCGGGUGAAGAAGCUGCAGGAGGAGCUGGAGCGGCUGCACACGGUGCCGGAAGCCCAGACCCUGCCAGCCGCCCCUGACCUGGAGGCGCUGUCCCUCUCCACCCUGUACUCCAUCCAGAAUCAGCUGCGGGUCCACCUGGAACAAGUGGACAAGGCUGUGUUCCACAUGCAGUCAGUGAAAUGCCUUAAGUGUCAGGAGCAGACCCGGGCAGUACUGCCGUGCCAACACGCUGUUCUGUGUGAGCUCUGUGCUGAGGGCAGUGAGUGCCCCGUCUGCCAGCCCAGCCGGGCCCAUGCCCUCCAGUCGUGACCCUGCAGACCAGGCCCAGAUGGGCCUAGACCUUUUCACCUAGGACUUUUUAAAGUAUAUAUAUAUAUAUAUGUAUGUAUGU